AUGAUUUCUAAGCGGUGAACCGCUCUAAGAAUUACAACGAAGUCCUCAUCACCACGGUGCUCUCCGUGAUGGCAACAAGUGAUUAAAACUUCUCUCAGCUACGCUUCACAACCUUGUGACAACUGUUCGACAUCAAGGGCCGGCAAGGUUUAACCUAGCAUUGGGGCUACAGUUAGUUGCCGCUAGAUGCCUAUUAGAAGGCCAAGGAUUACAAAGGUAUCCGGACACCCCCGGGCGUGUAAUCGACAUAUCAUCUAGACAGCCAUUGCAUAUCAAGAUCUUUGAGUCGUGUGCCGACCCACAAUUAUCUCUCCUACCGGCAUUCGCAAACACAACAUUACAGGAGCAAGCUAGAUCUUUCUGGCUAAUACUCCUUGGCUGCAGACUAUGUCAUUAAGAGCACGCCAGAACUGCUGGACAUGCAAAGAUCGGAAGAUCGGGUGUGACAGAAUCCUGCCCACAUGCCAGAACUGCUCGAGGACGAACCGCCUGUGUCAAGGCUAUGGAAUGAAGCUUGCAUGGCCUGAUACAAAGUCCGACGGCAGACGCAAGCAAAAGCGGUAUUCAAUAGAGCACAACUUCACUCAACUAUCAUCACGCUAUAGGAAAUUUCGAGGGGGGCUAGCGUUCCUCAACACUACUGCAUUUGACGUGAAAGGCAUUGCGCCCUCUCUUCUCGACCUGAUCACCGAGAAUCCUUCCGAAGUCAUGGUUCCAAGAAUCAUGAGAAGCCUCUCUUUAAAUCCGACACUGACCGAGAACGAUGGCCUUCUACUAUCGUAUUAUGAUACCGUUCUGGCUCGGAUGAUCACGACGAUUGAUGACGACAACAAUGGCUUCCGAACGAACAUCUUACCAAUGGCACUUUCAUCUGAAGAUUCUACGAAAAGCCUCCUCAAAGCAACUUUAGCGUUAGCAUCAUUUCAUCUGUCCAAAACAGAAGACGCUAUACAGUAUAAGAUGGCCGCAUUCAAAAGGCUAUGCAUUUCCUUGUGGAUAAGCAAAAAUUCGGUAGCAGCGCAAGCGGCCUCUUGCAUGAUGCUAUGCGUCUAUAGCGUUUUUGAUCCUACCGACUCGAGUUGGCCACUGCAUCUGAAGGCCGCGAAGGAUAUACUAAAAGUUAUACCCGAAGCGGCCCGUACAGAUUUUCCACUUCCAUUUCUUUCUGUCUGGGUAGAUUAUCACGACAUUCUCAGCGAGUAUAGCCAACGCUAUCCGACAUUCUCGGGGACUUCGGCCAGCGAUGUGAUAGUCCCUUCUAGCGAUGACAAUGAUCGCAAGAUCGUAGGAUUACUUGGUUGUUCUCCCGAAGUCAUGCGGCUUAUAGGGUGCAUCAAUCAUCUCAGAGCUUUGAUAAUACGUUCACGCACGCACGGCCCAGACUCCGGAAUUGUUCAACUCGCCUCUAUCAUUCGUUACCGACUACAGGGUCUGAAUCAAGAAGUUUCCUUUCGCCUGGGACAAAACGCAGGUACCGUCGAUGCGGGACGUGUGAGGCGCACAGCUGAAUUCUACCGAAUUGGUGCUCUCUUGUACCUGCAUCAAGUGGCACCCGAGUCGUCUCUAACGGCAGAAUAUGUCCCAGGCCUCGUUCGAGAAGCUUUCGAGCUCAUGGACUGGAUGGAGAUCUGUACCAGUCCAUGGCCUCUGUUUAUGUUGGCAUGCCAUGUUACGUCGGAUAUUGACAGAAUCAGGGUUCUUGACAUUCUGGACUCUAUGGACGAGAAGAGACGAAUUGGCAACGUUCAGAUUGUCAGAGGCAUUAUCAAGACUCUGUGGAAGCAAAAUGACCUCCGUUCCGACCAGAGAAAUGAGCACAUUGACGAUUGGCGUGAUCUCAUCGAUACGAGCGCGGGCAUUCCGUCUUUCAUCUGAUCUACCACCUACGAAGUACUCCACCAAGUCCGGAGGAAUUUCCACGUUACUUUGAAAGCUAGCUUGAAACAUGAGAUUAAUCUACCUUCUACUUCAUCAACGUUA